UCUGUAUGAGAUUGUCCAUUUGCACGCGAUUACUCGUUUGUUUUCCGGUUAUUUCGCAUAGAGAAAUCUUUGAUAAAAAUAUUGGAUCGUGAAAUAAAGCACGGAGUUGACCGCAAGUGAGGUGAUGGAAUAUAAUUUCUCUAUACAAUGAAAGCUUGAUUUUUUUUUUUACGACAACCUAACCUCCCUCUGAAUAACAGCUGAUCAUGAUCGCGCCUUGUCUCGGAUGACAUAUCUCCUGCGAGACUCCUGCCGUUUACCAAGUGAAAGACUCGAGAAACGAGAGUGGUAAACGAUGAACGUGCAAACGAGGCACCCUUACGAGGGUUUGCUGCAUAAGUAUACGAAUGCCAUGAAGGGCUGGCAGUACCGUUGGUUUAUAUUAAGCCCUGAGACCGGCGAGCUGCAUUAUUUCCUUAGCGAGUCUGAGAAGAAUCAAAGGCCACGAUGUUCAAUAUAUCUAGCAGGCGCCGUAAUAGCUCCGAGUGAUGAGGAUUCGAACACGUUUACCGUUAAUUCUGCUACUGGUGACAUGAUAAAACUACGAGCUACAGAUGCGCGAGCACGCCAAGAAUGGGUGGAUAAACUACGGGCAGUUACAGAGAUGUAUACUAGGGCGAUAGCCAGCAGCCAUCCUCCAUUGCCACCGCGAGAACAUUCUGGAAAUUCGAGCAGGAAUCCUGUCAUUAAACUGGAAGUGUUGGACGCUUUUGCCAAUUGCCAAGAGCAGUUAAGAAAGGUGGAGAAGCACAAUCUUGCCUUAGCACAAUCUAUUGAGAACUCAGAUUUACAUCUAGACUCUGAUCUCUUGGUUCUUAAAGCUAUGGCACACACUACUUUACACACACUGAGCCAAUGUCUCAAUAUAUUAUAUCAGUAGAGAAUUAAUCAUAUUUUUUACUUACUUGUCUAUUAAUAUUAAGAUUUUUUAUAUCUGCGAAUAUGUAAGAUUAUCUUCCCUGUUGCGCAAUAUCUAUAUCAUUUUAUUUUGAACGAUUAUGUACUUAUCUAUUAAAGCUAACUUUAGAUGUACAUUAAUGUAAUUAAAAACGAGAUUGAUACCA